AAAAAAAAGCCCCUCUCAUUGGCUGGUUCUAAAAGAUGCUUUGUGGUUUACUUACAAAGCAAAGAUUAUUGUUGUUGUUAGGCGGGCGGAGGGAACUGUAAAACGUACAAAUUUUGUUAUAAUGAUUAUAAAUGAGGCGUGAGAAGGAAGCACAUGAAAGAGAAGAAGAAGAAGAAGAGAUUAGAUGAUAAUAAUUAAUAAUAAUGGUGGCGGGUUUGCUAAUAGCGACUUUAGUGGUGAUGCUUGGCUAUUAGAGUCGCCUCUAAGACAGGAAAAAAUCGAUUGGAAUAGGCUAAAGGAGGUCAAAUCAAGACUUGAAUUGAUUUUGGUUUGUUCUCUUUUUUCUGUUUAAUACAAAGACAAAUUCAUCACCCUGCAAUUCUUCUUCCUCAUUCCUUCUUUACCCGCCUAAACCUUCCAGCAAAAUGAGGUCGGCUGGCACUUCUUGUUCUAGUCUUUGACUAAAGGGUCCUUUGGCUUUUCUAUCUGUAGCUUGGUGAGUGCCUAGUUUAACAUUCUGCAGCUAACCUGCUGCCAUGGCUGCAGCUUUCCAGUUGCUCUUCUUUCUGGUUUUCUUUAGUGCAGGGUUCCAUCUCAUCUUUUCCUUUACAGACCCUCGUGAUGCUGCAGCUCUCCAGUCCCUGAAAGAUGCCUGGAAAAAUGCUCCACCGAGCUGGGAAACUGGAGAUCCAUGUGGAACACACUGGGAAGGAGUUACAUGCAAGGAUUCAAGGAUAACUGCAUUGGGGUUAUCAACCAUGGGCCUCAAAGGAAAGCUAACUGGUGAUAUUGGGGGAUUGACUGAGUUGAUGUCAUUGGACCUGUCCUUUAACCCAGACCUCACUGGACCUCUAACUCCGCGGCUAGGAGAUCUGCAAAAUUUGAACAUCCUAAUCCUUGCUGGCUGUGGCUUCACCGGCAGUAUUCCACCUGAGCUGGGCAAUCUUGCUGAGUUAUCCUUCUUGGCCCUCAACUCAAACAACUUGACAGGCAACAUCCCUCCCUCUUUGGGAAAACUCUCCAAUGUCUACUGGCUAGACUUGGCAGCUAAUCAAUUGACAGGACCUAUCCCAGUUUCAACAUUCUUCGCCCCAGGCUUGGACCUCCUUCGAAAGGCUAAGCACUUCCAUUUCAACAAGAACCAGCUUUCAGGUCCCAUUCCCUCCAAACUUUUCAGCUAUGAAAUGGUACUAAUACAUGUAUUAUUUGAUGGAAAUCAACUUAAUGGAACUAUCCCAGAUUCAUUAGGAGAAGUUCAGACCCUUGAGGUUCUUCGACUUGAUAGAAAUGCUUUAACAGGAAAAGUCCCAUCAAAUUUAAACAACCUUACAAACGUGGUCGAAUUGAAUUUAGCACAUAAUCAGUUGACAGGCCCUUUGCCAAACUUAACUGGAAUGACUAGUCUUAAUUAUGUGGACCUUAGCAGCAACUCAUUUGUCACAUCAGAAGCUCCUGCAUGGUUCUCAACCUUACCAUUGCUGACCACAUUGGUUAUAGAACACGGACCUCUUCAAGGGCCUUUACCAUCCGUAAUCUUCAGUUACCAGCAGAUAGAGCAAGUGUUGCUGAAAAACAAUGCCUUCAGUGGCCAACUGGACAUGGGUGAAAGCCUCGGGCCAAAACUUCAACUUGUUGAUCUGCAGAACAAUGACAUUUCCUCUGUGACACUAACUGCUCAAUACACAAGUACACUAAUACUUGAAGGAAAUCCUGUGUGCUCUGCUCUCUCAAAUACUAAUUACUGUCAUCUCCAGCGGUCAACUGCUAAGGCUUAUUCCACUAGCCUGGCUAAAUGUGGAAGUACACAAUGUCCUAAUGGACAGAAGCUUAGCCCUCAGAGAUGUGAAUGCGCCUAUCCCUAUGAAGGGACAUUUUACUUCAGAGCACCCUACUUCAAGGACUCAACUGAUGUGAAGCGGUUUCAAUCACUAGAAAUGAGCCUUUGGGUAAAAUUGGACCUGACUCCUGGUUCGGUUUUUCUUCAGGACCCCGUUUUCAAUGCUGAUGACUAUCUUCAGGUGCAGCUUGCACUAUUUCCCCCCAGUGGAAAAUACUUUAAUAGGACAGAAAUUAUGAGGAUUGGGUUUGACUUGAGUAAUCAAACCUACAAGCCUCCAAAAGAUUUUGGACCCUAUUUUUUUAUUGCAUCUCCUUACCCUUUCCCAGGUGGAGACAAAGGAACUUCUAUUAGCUCUAGUGCAGUUGCUGGGAUAGGAAUUGGCUGUGCCCUUCUAGUUCUGGGCCUUGUUGGAGUAGGGAUAUAUGCCAUUCGGCAAAAGAAACGCGCAGAAAAGGCGAUCGGAUUAAGUAGACCUUUCGCAUCCUGGGUUUCAAGUGGAAAGGACAGUGGAGGAGCACCGCAAUUGAAGGGAGCAAGAUGGUUCUCUUAUGACGAACUUAAGAAGUGCACUAACAACUUCUCUGAAAGUAAUGAGAUAGGUUCUGGAGGCUAUGGCAAGGUUUAUAGAGGAAUGCUUUCUGAAGGACAAGUAGUGGCAAUCAAAAGGGCUCAGCAAGGAUCAAUGCAAGGCGGGCUUGAGUUCAAGACUGAAAUUGAGUUGCUAUCAAGAUUACAUCACAAGAAUCUUGUUGGCCUUGUGGGUUUUUGUUUUGAACAAGGAGAACAGAUGCUGGUGUAUGAAUUUAUGGCCAAUGGAACACUCAGGGAAAGCCUGUCAGGGAGGUCUGGCAUUCAUCUUGAUUGGAAGAGGAGAUUGCGCAUUGCUCUCUGUUCAGCUAGAGGACUAACAUACCUACAUGAGCUUGCAGAUCCUCCGAUAAUCCACAGAGAUAUCAAGUCCUCCAACAUUCUGCUGGAUGAAAAUUUAAUGGCAAAGGUUGCAGACUUUGGCCUGUCAAAGCUCGUAUCAGACAGUACAAAAGGGCAUGUUUCAACACAAGUUAAGGGCACCCUGGGCUAUCUGGACCCUGAAUAUUACAUGACCCAGCGAUUAACAGAAAAGAGUGAUGUCUACAGUUUUGGUGUGUUAAUGCUUGAGCUAGUAACUGCUAAGCAACCAAUUGAGAAAGGAAAAUACAUUGUUCGUGAAGUACGAAUGGCAAUGGACAAGAAUGACGAACAACACUAUGGGUUGAGGGAAAUAAUGGAUCGAGCCAUUAGAAACUCUGGAAAUCUUGUUGGGUUUGGGAGGUUCAUAGAGUUGGCAAUGCAAUGUGUGGAAGAAUCAGCAGCAGAACGUCCAACAAUGAGUGAAGUGGUUAAGGCAAUAGAGACUAUAUUACAAAAUGAUGGGAUGAACACUAACUCAACCUCAGCUUCUUCAUCUGCGACUGAUUUUGGAACUUCAAGAGGAGUUACAAGACACCCUUACAAUGAUGUUCCUAAGAAGGAUGUUAAUGACUUCAAUGCCUUUGAUUACAGCGGAGGUUACUUACUUCCAGCAAAAGUAGAGCCCAAGUAGCAUCAUAUGCUUUGCCACUGGGACUUUCCCUUUUUUCCGCCUUUCUAUAUAUAUGUAUAUAUAUGCGCGCGUGUGUGCGUGCUGGGUUAAAACUAUUUGACAUUGUUAUUAGGUCUCUUUUCAGUAGAGAUUUUCUGUCAGGCUUUGCUAAUUAAAAUUGGUUUUGUGUUGUACCUUUUUUUAUAAAAAUAGUGAACUUUAUUUUUUUU